CGACGGCGCACCGUGCGCAACGACACUCUUACUGCUGCGCGGAGCUGGCCGUCGCUGCGCAGUCAACGAGAGUCACCUCGCAUCGCCUCGCUCGGCCGGCCAUGGCAGCGCUGCGCAAGCGCCAGGUAGACUGCCGGCCUGCCCGAGGAGGCAUGGUGUCUGGCGCCCGCCUCGACGUCGCGCUGCGUCUACUUAAGCACGCCCCCUCCGAGCCUCGCCCUCUCUUCCCACACACCACACCUCACAGCCCAGCAUGUCUCGCAUCACUCCCGCCUCUCUCUCGCGCACCUCGAGCCGCAACAGCAGCAUGACGGCCUCGGACGGCGCCUCCAUUGCGCCUCUGCUCUCCUCGUCGUCGUCGCCCAAGGCCUUCUCCUACGACGCCGACGUCGCCGCCUUCCUGCGCGCCCACACCUCGGGCAUGUCCGUCGCCGGCGCUCCGCUGCGUGUCUCGGCACCGGGAAAGGCCAGCAAGGCCGCCGCCAAGGCGUCCAAGCCGGCCAAGACGGCUGCGCCCAGCGCCUCACGCUCUGCGCCGCCGGCGCGCGACGCCGCCGAUGCCAAGUCGUUCGAGUACGACCAGGACGUCGCCGCCUUCCUGCGCCGCUUCGGCGCCGGCGGCAACGGUCAAGCACACGCACCCGGCGUGCUCAAGAACGCACAGCCCGACAAGACCACGUCGGAGAACAAGGUCAUCCGCCGCCUCUUCCGCCGCUCGGGCUGAGUGAGGAAUGCCUCGUCAUCCACCCGUCGAAGCUCUCGUCGUCCAGGUCCACCACCGCGGUGGUCCACAACAUCUCAAGCCAGCAUUUAAGCACGCUCCGCCAGUCUCGCGCCCAACAUGCGUCGAGCUCGCUCCGCAUCCAGGACACGGCGGCGGAGACAUGCUGCCAUGCAACUCUGCGUAAGCCCAACAAGCCGCUUCGCAGCAUCCGUCCGGCCGUCUACUCGACCUGGCAGGGCCUGCUCGCCGCAAGCCCUUCAGGCUCGUCCCGACCUGCUGCAGCGCGCGUCGUAGCCGAUCUAGCAUCGCUCUCUAGCCCACCGCACCGGCCCCUUCCGCCCACGCGUGCCGUCGAGUCCCAUGUCUAGCUCCAGCCCGUCUCAUCUUCCCGUCUCCUGUCCUACACACACCUUCAAUCUACCAUCGUGAUCUC